CGAUACCCGUACCUAAACAAUGACUAUAAUCAGUUUAGUGCAAUUCCCCUGCUGAAUGUGAUUAGCCGAGCCCUACCUGGCAAGGUGUUCCAGCACUGCCUACGAUACCAAACCUCCACAAGACGUAUUUGAAUGUGACAGUGUGGUAAAGAUGACACCCCUGUGUAUCAAUCGAUGACAUUUAUGAUGACGUCAUUUGGUGAUAUGACGUAGGCAGUGGUCUUAAUAAGGAGGGACCGAUCUGCGAUCAUGGGGAUUGGUCCGUUGCUAUGGAUAUCGUUCCUAGUCCGAUAUUCAGAAUGUACGUGCUCGUUGCCUACCAAUCUAGUGGGGUCAUGGACCAGCAGCGAACAGGGUUCUAUGACCUUCACAUCCGACUCGCUUCUCAGCUAUGCCACCACCACCUUUGGCACGUUCACUUUCACCUGUGAUUCAUAUUCCGGGUCACAGUAUGUCUUGAAAUCACCAGCGUUCACCUACCAUAACCUUCCGUUUGAGGCCUACCUCUGUUUAGUAUUGACAGAGGUAUCGUCAUCGCAAUUCACAUACUUCAUAGGCUCAGAUCCUAACAGUAUCGCUGGGAAUGACCGUCUGAAGACGUCCAAUCCGUCCAUCCCUCUGUCCAAUUCGGACGUGUGUGACCGGUCAUCUUAUCCAACCGGAACAUAUUACGUGCUAGUCAAGGAUGGCGAGAGUACCAGUGCCCGAACAAACUGCCCGUCCGACAUCCGGUUAUUAUGGACUUACACUUAUGACGACGGAAGCGGAAGUGACGUAUGUUCUGGUAACACAACAUCUGCUGACGUGUGUACCACUUCUACCGAUAUGACCUUGUCAUACUCAUCUUGUACCCAGAUGGUUAUGUAUUCAAGCAGUGGAUUGUUAUAUUGUCUCAACAGUUUAACAUAUAAUUCAAGUACGUACAUAAAUAUGUACAACACGGACACGACCACGGACGAAUCCUCUACAUACCGUUUUACCUGUCUGGUGAUGACAACAUCUGGAAACACUCGAUACAUCACACAGUAUCCUAAACAAUGCCAUGAAAACCAAACAUCUACCACAGUCGAUUCUCCAGGAGCCAUCCUCGUCUUUAGCCUCUCAAGUUCUUGUCCGACAUCAGACUCCGUGAGCGCUGCCACAAUAGCUCUCGCUGUAGUGAUACCUCUCAUUCUUAUCAUUACCGGGAUUAUAGUCAGCUACUUUUGUUGGGUGAAGUACGAGAAGAGGAAAAUAGAGGAGGCCGCAAGACCAGAUCCUAAGUUUGCAAAUGGCGAAAUUCGUAACAGACGUAAAAACAUUCACGAUGGUGUGAUACGUUCAGACAAGAAUGGAAACACGAUACGUCGAGAGGAAUCUAUCGUUAUUUCAAUGCCUCUUUCAGCACGUGAGGACGAUUUACAAUCGCCAUUGUCGGAUUUAGAGGACUAUGGGCAAGACGUAGACUCUGAUGAUGAUGAUUACGAAGUGAAGGAUAUCACUGAAUUUUCUUUGACUGACGAUAUUCCCAGGAUAAUUGUUCAAUCUGCUACUCCGAGACCCCCGGACGAACACGAAAAUACAGUGAUGGAUGUCAACAGUGCUAAAAAUAAAAAGAAGCGGCGUAGACGGAAGAAAAGUGCAAAAAGUCGAAUUUCGACAACAACGGAAGAUGGGAAGAGUACCAAGGACUCUGAUGCAAAGAGCAAAAGGAACACUCACUCACAUAUGGUUUGUCACCAAUGCUUAAACCCCAAUUUUGUUGAGUCCCAGGACAUCGUUAAAUGUAUUUUUAUGCUAUACGACUCAAUUAUCCAUCCUAUGAAACCUUUUGAGUGCCGAACCCUUCAGCUUGCUGCCCAUGUCCUUAGUUUACAAAUCCUAUUCCUACCCGUUCAAUUUAACUUCGACAGAAAUAUAUCAUAUCAGACAUUAUCGUAUUAAAUGUAACUUAUCUCAAUCCUUCAAAAGAAUAGGCUGCAUAGACUA